AUGCAAAGCAUGUGGUCCCGCGCCGCCCCGACGCAGUCAAGCUGCCGGUGCGUCUCGUGUUUGAGUACGGUUGCCAAUGGCGUCACUUCACGAUCAGCGACGGCUGCCAGCAAAAAGAAAUUGAGGAUAGGGAACUCGGUCACUGCACUCUACACGAGUAUCUUUGCGGCCGCUGCCCUCGCGGACGCGAAGGCCAAGACCAAGCGCCGACAUGAUCUCGAAGAGAAAAUUGCGGCAGUCAAGGCCGAGGUGAACGAGCUCGUGGAUGAAGAGCACCGGAUCCUUGAGUCUCUACAGUCACGAAGGAAAAACCGGGGGAUAAACCGAUUGCUGCAAGAGAGAGGCUUCGGCACCAUCGCUGCCUCCCGAACUCGCCAACGAAUCACACCAAGCCAGCCAACAAGGUCCUUUCACACGGAACGUCGGCUGUAUGGUACUCAGGAUGCGCAGAUUGACGAUUAUUUGCCCACGGAAGAAUUCGGGCAUCUUGAUCUCCAGGAAGCCGAAGCUAGUGCACUGCGCGCUGCUAUGAACGAAGCAUUGCCGGACUGGGUCGUUGGAGAUACUGCUCGUAUCAAGGCCGUCCAAAGACUCGCAUUGAAGCAAUUUGCGAUUCGAAUUCUACUAAGACCGACUAUCGCACACAAAUACUCAGGCGUCCCUAUGAACUACGGGGCAGAUUUUGAUGUACCCCAGAUCGAUGUGAACAACUUGUUGAAUGAGUUGAAUGUCGUACGACGCCAGAUAAACACGCUGUUGCAUAAGAAAGAUGUGGACCUCACUGACGUGAUUGCCGAUUUUGAUGCCAUGCGUUCUGAAGAAGGAAGGGAAGAUGACCGGAGACUCGAUGAUGAACUUCGGGAGUACAUCCAGUUGUUCACGAGCCAGCAGAUGUCCUUGCAGGAAUUCCUCCUCCGGGUCUCUAGCAACUUGAUCAAAUCGGCCGAUCCGGAUCGCACCACAGCCUUCCGAGAAUUACUCAUUGUUUUCACACAAACUCGCCAGAACGACUUGAACGAUCUGUUUUUGCAGUCGUUAUUGCCCAAUCGGUUCUAUCUGAGCACCUCUCUUAUCGUCACUAUCCUCUCCUUUUUCCGAAAGUCUAAAAACCUUAAGGACUUUGAUUUGUUUUUGCAAAUGCUCAGUGGCGAAGGCUACACAGUCAACCUGGGAGCCAUUGGUCUUUUCCGACGUCGAAAGAUCAAUGGGCUGGAUACGGUCGUUCCACCCUUGUAUGGCAGCAGCACCGUCAUCUAUACGGAGCUCAUCUCGGCCGCUUUGCGAUUUAAUCAGCCUGACCGAGCAGAUGCUUGGCUUCAGGCUGCACGCAAAUCAGGCUUUUUCGACAACUUCAACACCCUAUUUAACUACAUCCGAUUUUACAGCAUUCGUCAAGACUGGGAAAAGGGAAUCCAUGCCUUGAAGCGAGCUGUCACUUACCUCGUAUCGUCGACUGAUCUCUCACCAAGACUCGUGGACCGAUUAAUCCUAUACAUGGUACAUCUCUGCGACUCUUGCUGCCAGAAAGAAGUGUCCCAAAGUUUGAUUUCCGCCGCCGUGCAUAGUGGCUUCAACCCGAACAUUCCGUCGCAGCAGGACGAUAUUGCACCCAUUGUGGAUCAAGAAGGUCAGCGAUGGAAAAAGGCCGCCGAAACGACGCCGGGAGAGAACUUGACCCGUCCCCUCUGGCAAAAGUGCUACGAAUUUGCAAAUGUAUUUGGACAACAACUGAGCAGGCUCGAAGUGCCCGAAGAUCAAGUAAUGUCCCGGAAGCUCGAUCGCCUUGCUGCUGUGCAUGCAACCGAUGCAUUGUCCGCCACCCUUUCCCGAUAUACGGAGCAGGAAAGAUCCUCACCAGCGAUCUCGGACCGUGCAGGUGCUACGCAGAGCACCCAAAGUGAAGAUAUUGCCGCUUUGAAAGACGAAGUCUCCCAACUUCGCCAGCUAGUCUUUGAAUUACGCAAGCACCAUAUUGAGGCCUCUUUCAAAGAGGACAUCCACCAUGACCUCGAGUACGAGGAUUCACUCUCCGAACCAACCCCACCCUCACACGACCCGCACACACAACCUCAAGAAUCCUCCAUGAGCGUCGAAUUUGAACGGAUACCGAGCCCGAUAGAGUGCAAGGAGCAUGACCACUCUCAUUCGAACCUUUCCUUCCGCCCUGCGCAAGCAAUGAUGGGUCCCGCUAUGGUACAAGACCAUUCCAUUGGUACACCUGAGAAUCAGGCCCCGCGACAAGCUCGGGGCCAGCCGAAGAACUCGAAUCGGUCUCGGAAGAAGGGAAAGAAAGUUGCCGUUGCGUCUUCUCAGCGCACUGCUGGCCAGGCAUGA